UAUUAUCGAAUUAACGAUUCAUAGUUUUUUAUUGUGCGCACGUUUGUUUUAUUUCUAUGGUAUAAUAUUAUUGUGUUCGACGGGACAUCAUGGAUCCAUCCAUUAAGUGUCUGGAAAAGACAUUUACUUAGAAACCUUGAAAUUUCCAAAAAUUAAACCGCAUGGAAACCACGUUUGCAUACAGACCCUUGAAAGAUCACGACCACAAUCACCGCUGCGACGGUGAUCGUUGUCUGGCCGUGAAGAACGCUUCGCCGAGAAGUAGCCGCAUGAGGAGAAUCGGAGCGAGAAAGCGCAGAAGUAAACAACGCGAGUUAACGGAAUGGCUGAUAACGUCGUCGACGACACGGCCGAGCAAACGGAAGCCGAGCACAUCGCAUUGAAAAACGCGAACGGUUGCAUCCAAGAAAAAACCAGUGAUCUCCUUAGACGCGUUAAKUAUAAUGAUGGCGAGCAGUCGGAUGACAACAAGGGUCGUUACAAACCUUCCGAAUCGCGGGACAGCGGCGACAACGACAGUACUAGGAGUAGCAAUCGUAGUAACGAUAAGAGUAAUAAUAAAAUAACUGUAGAAAAUAGGAACCAYGUUACGUUCUACAAGAACGACGAACCGACGGACGACGAUAGCAGCAGCAGCGGCAGAGGUGGCUGUUCCAGACAUCAACACCGCGCACACGAUUCGUAUGCUUCGUACACGCCGACGACCACGGCCACCGAUUCGGACGAGUCGUCAUCGUCGUCGUCGUCGUCGGAGCUACACAAUCAGGCCCCGGACGGYGGCUGGGGAUGGGUGGUCGUGUUCGCUUCGUUCAUGGUGAACAUGAUCGCGGACGGCGUGACGUUUUCGUUCGGCGUCAUAUUCAUCGAGUUUGAAAAGUACUUCGAAGAGGGCAAGAGCAAGACGGCCUGGAUCGGGUCGCUGUUCAUGGCCGUGCCCCUGCUGUCCGGGCCAAUAGCCAGCUUUCUGACCGACCGGUACGGAUGCCAGAAGGUGACCGUCAUCGGAGCUAUAAUCGCGUCCACCGGGUUCGUCAUAUCCGCGUUCGCCGACUCGCUGUUCACGCUGUUCAUAACGUUUGGACUCAUAUCUGGGUUCGGGCUGUCACUGUGCUACGUGGCGGCCGUCGUCAUCGUCGCGUACUACUUUGACAAGAAACGAUCAAUGGCCACCGGGUUGUCCGUGUGCGGCAGCGGCAUUGGCACGUUCAUCUUCGCGCCGCUCAACCAUGAGCUACUCAGUUAUUACGGAUGGCGCGGUUGCACGCUCAUCUUGGCCGGGCUGUUCCUCAACCUUUGCGUGUUUGGCAUGUUGAUGCGUGACCUUCCGUGGACCAAAGAGCGGGCCCAGAACGAGUGGAAGCGGAAAAAGAACGCUCGGCUCCAGAAGCGACGGCUCAAGUCCACCGCCAGCUACGACCGGCAUUCCCAGCACACGCAACUACCGUCGUCCCCGACUUCCGGUUGCGGCGCCGGCAAGGACGAGGCGGCGGAUUCGACUCAUCCUGGUGGUGGUGGUGGUGGUGUUGUCGUAUCGUUUCUCCAAGAAGAAGACGGUGGCGGCGGUAUUGCUGCGCAAUCGGGUGGCAGGGGUGUCCUGCUCGACUGCAUUGUCAAAGACCAGCGGCUAUGCAACUCCCUGGUCGAUUUGCCCACGUUUGUCAAUAAUCACGAGAACGUUCCGCUGGAGGUGCUCGAGGCGCUCACGCAGAAAAAGCAACUCUACUCCGUGCUUGUACAAAACUACCCGAGUCUACUGAUACCUUCCAAAAGUUUCAGCGACAGCGGACGCAUCAACGAAUCUGGUAAUAUGUCACCGACGACUCAUAGCUUACACGUCAAUCAAAUCCUCGGUAUUCAAAAGUUAUUAGAUCAAGAAAAUAAAACGGAUGCCGCCAAUAGUAAAUCUAAUCAAGUUGGCAUAAUGAAAAUKAAAAACGGUGCUAAUAUCAUUUUAAAAAACGGCGAAUACGAUUGGUGGAUAAAAAAAGAUAACCCACAAGUUAAACGUCUUCAAACUGCAUAUCUUCAAGAUAUUAAGAUUCAUAGGCAUUCGUUAACAUAUAGAGGGGCCAUGCUCAAUAUAAACAGAUACAGACUAAGAGCAUCGUCUUGUCCAAAUAUUUACCGUAACUCGAUGACGACAAUCGCCAAAGAAAAACAUGAAUGGUCAGCUGGACUUUGGGAAUUGUGGUACCUACUACUUGAUAUGAUGGAUUUUUCACACUUCAAAAACAUGCCUUUCCUAUUGUUUGCUAUAUCAAAUUUCCUCCUGUAUACAUGGUAUGAUGUACCAUAUGUUUACAUUGCCGACUUAGCUAUAAAGAAAGGACACACCGAUGAAGAUGCAUCAUACCUAAUCAGCUUGAUAGGAAUACUUAAUAUGUUUGGAGAGAUAUUGUUAGGCUGGGCUGGUGAUAAAGCUUGGGUUAACGCCAACAUGGUAUAUGCAGUUUCAAUGGUACUCUGUGGUCUCGUUAUUGCAUUAGUUCCUUUAUUUGGAAGUUAUUUAAGUUUGGGUAUUUUAUCUGGAUUCUUUGGCCUAUUUAUUUCCGCAAACUAUUCAUUCACCUCAAUCAUAUUAGUUGAAAUCAUCUCCUUAGAACGAUUCACUAAUGCUUAUGGUGUUCUAUUAUUGGUACAAGGAAUCGCAAAUUUGAUAGGACCCCCUUUAGCUGGUGGUCUAUUUGAUAUAACAGAAAGUUAUGACUUAUCUUUUUAUCUAGCUGGAUUAUUCAUUGCAUUGUCAGGGUUGUUAUUAUUUGUUCAUCCAAUAAUAAAAAAAAUGGCAAGGUAUAGAAGGAAGCAAACACUAUUGAAAAGUCACAAAAAUAAGAUAAUAAGCAUAGCCUCAAAUCGCAAAAAAUGUGCARCAACUGAAGAAAAUGUGAUAUUUACACCUAAAAGACGUUCAAGUUUGGCAACAAGUGUCUAAAUACUGACUAUUACUUAUUAACAAGUUAAAAUCUCUACAAUGAUGCGUUUAUAUGCUAAUUGGAUUUGACUUAUCAUUUUUUAAAUGUAUUAACAUUUUAUUUUAUCAUUACAGUGUCAUACAUAAUA